UUUUUUUUAAAAUAAAUUAUAUGUAUUUAACUCUUGAAAGGCUAUUUAUUGGAAAAUUUAUACUAGAUAUAUUUUAUUCUUGAGCACCGUUUGCCUUUUAUUUUAUUUCAUUUUUUUAGUUUUCCCCACUGCAUUAACCUUUGAGUCAGACUGUCAUACAUCUCAUGGAUGAGCACCUGUAUUUGGGCUGAAGAUUUGGAUAUGUUGGAUGGCAUAAUGAGACAUGAUGUCUUCAGUAAUGAAACUGAGUAUCUGAGUAGGAAGUACAGAUUUUUAAAGAUUGGAUGAUCAGUUGGAUCGAUUGAGUUGCUUGUCUAACCGAUUUAAUUGAAUAUAAUUAAAUUUUAUUUAUAAUAUUAUCAAAUGAUAAAUAUAAUGGACUAACAGUAAUUAUAAAAAAAUUUAACAUAUUUAACAAAGUUUAAAUUUCAUAUUAAAAUUUAAGUAGCCAUAACUAAAUUACAAGUUUAAGGAUAAAGUCAACAAUAACAAAGUUUAAAAAUUUAGACACAUUAAACAAUAACAAAGUUUAAAAAGUUUAAGUAACCAAACCCAAAUGUUAGUUUGGUUAAUCUUUUCAUAAUCAAUAGGAGUAUAACCUUUUUUGUUCUCGUUUACAAGUAAAUAAUAAAAUUAAAAUUAUAUAAGUUGCAUGAAAAUAAAUUAUAAGCAUACAAUUUAAAUUUAAAAAUAAUUAUUAGAUUUCUUUUAAACUCAAGUUGUAAUAAAGAAAAAAACACAAAGCUCAUUCAAUCUUUGAUGUUAUAAACACGCUCCGAUUCUUUCUUUCAGAAGAAGUUUGGCUCAAAAUCAUUAUGGCUAAAUUUUGUAUGUUUGGAGCAUUAUACCCAGACACUCCCACCAUUUAUCUAUAAGAGAAUACAAAAAAAAUAAAAAAAAGGGUUAAAAAUAUCUCCUUCAUGAUUAGUUAUUAGAGCAAAUUAUCGUUCAAAACUUCUCAACCUAUCUUGAUAGGUGCUCACUUCUUCAUCUAUGCAUUUUCGUUGAAUUUUUUUUCACUAAUUAAGGUGGUCACCAUCUCAACAGCACCAUCCUUUUUUCACAUAUAUUCUCCUUGUCAGAUGCAAAAGCAAGGUUCAGAAGAUAAGUUGCUGCAUUAAUGUCUCAUCAAAGUUGCUUGUCCCACCUUGUCUUAGUGAAAGUCUUAUUCAAUCUCUUUUUAUUUUUAAAGAUAUUCUUUAUUGCUUUCCUUCCCCUGUGCAUUCUAUCAGACAACCAAUGAAAGGCUCGAUCUGCAUCCAUUUUAUGCAAUAAACAACAUAUAAGUGGAGCAACAACCGCCAACUACCACUGUAAUAAACAUAUAAGUCACACAGGAUAUGUGCCUUCCAAAUUUUUUGAGCACCAUGUUUUCAGAGAGGCCAAUCUAUCAAAGCAAAUAGGCAGGGAUGACGACUGAGAAUAAAAAGGUGGUGGAGGUGUCGAACACGGAGGAGGCUGUUGCUGUUUCUCUUGCCAAGUACACUGCUGAUUUGUCUGAGAAUUUUGCUAAAGAAAGAGGCUAUUUCACUGUCGUUUUGUCUGGUGGGUAUCUCAUCAACUCCCUAAGGAAACUACUAGAACCACCUCAUGUUGAUUCCAUAGAAUGGUCGAAAUGGCAUGUCUUUUGGGUGGAUGAGAGAGUGGUCCCUAAAGAUCAUGUUGACAGUAACUACAAACUAGCAUUGGAUGGUUUUCUCAGUCGGGUACCAAUUCCUUCUGAUAAUGUUUAUGCCAUUAAUGACACCCUGUCUGCUGAGGGUGCGGCUGAUGAUUAUGAAACUCGUAUUAAGCAUUUGGUUGAUACAAAGGUGAUGGAUGUUUCAUCGACUGGGUUUGCAAAAUUUGAUCUCUAGCUCUUAGGUAUGGGCCCAGAUGGACAUGUAGCUUCUCUGUUCCCUGGGCAUCCCCUUCUCAACGAAAAGGAGAGAUGGGUGACCUUUAUUAAGGACUCGCCAAAACCACCUCCACAGAGAAUUACCUUUACUUUCCCUGUGAUAAACUCAUCUGCAUAUGUUGCAAUGGUGGUGUGCGGUACAGGUGAAGUUGAUGCAGUGCAAAAGGCACUAGGAAAGAAUGAAGAUUCUGAUCUGCUGCCUGUUCAAAGGGUUUCGCCUGAAGUGGAGAUGAAGUGGUUUUUGGACAAAGAUGCAGCUUCAAAGCUGUAGAAAUUAGAAGUGUGAGCAUUGCGAGUUUGUCUACUAAUACUAAUAAUAAUAAAUUAUGUCAUGAUAUGUUUGGUAUGGGUGCUCAAUAAAUGUACUAAAUUAUGUAGUAUAUCCUUCAUAAUCAAGAACUAGCAAGGCCUUUACUCCUUGCAUAGAUUUCAAUGCCUAGAAUAAAAAGGAUUUAAAUGAAAUUUUGUUUUUUGGUUGAA